AUGGUUUACUACGGAGAUAAUGCGCCUCAACUUGCUGGAUCGGUCAUUACCCUCGCUAUUAUCACGUAUGUGACCUUCGGGCUCCGCGUCUACACACGAAUUCGCAUUGGGGCGUUUGGCAUGGAUGACUGGUCUAUGACGGCUGCAGCAGCACCGCUCACCGCCCUCUGCAUCGGAGGUGCAUAUAACGGCAUCGGGAUCCACCUGGCAAAGCUCAACACGGAGCAGAUGAAGACGGGCAUGUAG